AUGGCAACCAAGACGGCAUCCAGUCAGAAGGUUCCCGCGAACCGGACCUGCCCGCUAUGCUUUAAGCAGUUCACCCGAUCAUACAACCUCCGCUCGCACCUGCGCACACACAAGAACGAGCGGCCUUAUAAAUGCAACGUGUGCAGCAAGGCGUUCGCCCGGCAGCACGACCGCAAGCGCCACGAGCGCCUCCACCUCGGCCAGAUGCGGUUCGUCUGCCGCGGCGACUUGGAGCUCGGCGGGCAAUGGGGCUGCGGGCGUGCCUUUUCCCGGGAUGACGGCCUCGCGCGGCACCUGCGCUCAGACAUUGGCAGCGAGUGCAUCCGGCCGCUAUUAGAUCAGGAGAGGAAGCAGCACCGGCGGAGGUCGUCACCCGUCACCACGGGGUCAACAUCACCGGCGACCACGAUAGCGCAGCAGCCGAUCGCGGGUGCUGAAUCCUUGGCGGCCAUCGCCACGCCCAUGGAUCUGGACCCAAACCUGACUUACCCCUACGUGGUGACCGGGAUGGGCUGGACCAGCAUGGUACCCGUUUCCGCUGCGCUGCCGCCACAGUAUCCCACCCUCGCGACUGAACGUCUGGUGAGCCCUGCCUAUGGCGCAGCCAUGAUGCCUCAUCCGUCGCGGCGUAUGGCCCACAUCAAGAAGAACUGGCCAAAACAGUGGCACAAGCGGGUCCUUGAUGGCGUGAAGUAUUGGGAGGAUCACUACCAGGGACUACCAAUUACCACCAUAACGCCUGAGCUACGCGAUGACCUACAGCCACCUGACGAGUAUGACCUGCUUGCUCGAGAGCUUGAUGUCGUCAGCCCAGCGAUGCGGGACCUCGACGAGUACAAGUCCUUUACCGCAGAACCCCCCGUGGCCAUUGACUUGAUUGCUGCGCGCGACACGUCCGCCUGCCUGAUGAGCGCCGCCUUCUUCGAGCUCGCAAGACAGCCAGCCGUCCAAGCCAAGAUCCGAGCCGAAGUCGAGAGGCAGUUGGAUGGACGGCUUGUGACGGUACAAGGCACGAGCAAGGUCGAGUGCGACUUGGACAAAGUGAUUGUCUACAAGGAGAGAAAGGGGGAAGAAAGAGCUUCGUAA